AUGAAGAAUAAUUCAAAAGAAACAAGGGAAAACGACGAGAAAACAUUAAUUAGAGAGAAUGAGAAUAUAAUGUAUGAUUUUUCGGGAGGAGAUUCGACCAUUUUUUGGCGAAAUAUGACAUAUGAAGAUAUGUUAGAUGUAGACUCAUUUUUUAAAAAAAAUCAGAUACACUAUAUAACAGAUGAUCCAGUGGUUGGACUAGUUCUUAUUUCAGUAGCAGUUGAUAAAUUUAAUAUGAUUCAUGCUCAUGUAUUUACAUGCUGUGGGCCUCUUUCGCUUCCUUUAAUAAGCCCUAAAAAUCAAGAAGCACUUAGUAUUGUUAUAUCUCAUCUUCCUCAUACGUCUAGAAGCCAAUCUUUUCAAGUGAUUGCAAUGGUUAUUCUUCAAUAUUUUAUUUUUAUACCAUUACAUAUUAAAAAAGAGGUUUUAAGACAAUACAAUUAUUUAAGAAGCAAUGAAGAUCAAGAAAGAAGAAUUGCUUUUGAUGAAAUGCAUGCAGGUGAUAUUGCGGGACAUUGUAAACUUUUAAAACUUUCAGAUAUAUCAUCUAUUUUAUGUUCUAUAUUGAAAAGGAGGAAAAUCGUAUCUUUUAAUAUAGAUAUUAUUCUUCCAGACAAUUCGAAAUCUACACCAUUAUUUUCUAAACUUCAGGAAAUGACUAGUAAUGAGGAGAAAUCAGGGGAAUUGCCAUUUGAAAACAAAAAGAUUGUUCCAGGGCCUAUGACAGAUAAUUAUAAGGAACACGAUAAAAAACGUUUAAGCAUUCUUAAUGAAAUCCUUCAAACAGAACAAAAUUAUAUUGAAAGACUACGUCAUUUAGUACUUGAUUACGUUUUGCCACUUAGAACUCAAGCAAAAUCGUCAAAAAAUCCUCCUUUAGGAUUAUAUGAUAUCAAUAGGAUAUUCCCAGUAUCUCUUAAUGAUAUUAUAUCAUUAAAUUCAGCCUUUCUUCAGGAUUUCAUACAGGCGAAAACGGAAAUUGAAAAGGCAAAUUCAUUCGUUACACAUUUUUAUCGAUUUAAAAAAACAUAUGCCAAAUAUUUAGAAUUAAGUGUAGACUUUGAAUCUCUUCUGAGGCAUAAUUUACGUAAUCCUAAAUUUAGGAAUUUUGUGGAUAAUCAAAAAUAUAAAGCAGAGAAAAACAUCAGUAUUCGGGAACUUAUAAUGGAACCCGUGCAACGGAUUCCUCGUUAUUCUUUAUUUCUGGAAAAUGUCAUUUCAUAUACACAUCCAAAGAGUCCCGCAUUAGCACUUUUUCAAAAGGCCUUAACUAUUAUCAAAGAAAUAGCACAAAUGAAAGUUAUGGAGGCAGAAAAAAGAUCCAAAUUAUUUCAGAAAUUAAUGAGUUAUAUUUCUGGGUUUCCAGCAGAACUUAUAUCAAAUUCACGUUAUUUUAUUACUGCUGUAGAUGUUAUAGAGAUUUUACCACCCUUUUUAAAUUCAUCGGGAAGAUUAUUUUAUACUUUAUUAUUGUUUUCAGAUUGUCUAGCGAUGUUAAAGAAAACAUCACAUAUCCCUGUCGCGAAAGAUCUUAUUUCUAAUGAAGAUAAUUCAUCAUUUCAUAGAUUUCGAUCAAGACAGAAUUCAUUUGGAUUUACAACUUCGGUUUCCAGAAAAGAUAUAUUAUUUCAAUGCUGGGCUAAUUUAGAUGAUCUUGAAAUAGACAUUGAUGAAAAUGAUGAUACAAAUAUGUGGAUAACAGUACAAGCUCCUGUUAAUUCCUGUACAGAUAAAGAACUAUGGGGAAGCUUCUCUGAACAUAAAAUGUCUAUAAUGUCUGAAUCAAAACAUUGUGUAAUAGGGUUUGUUGAAAAAUUCUACAGAACAAAAGCCAAAAAUAAAACCUCGAAAAACUUUAUUGCAGAAAUUGAAAAAAGCAAUAUUAACAUUAUAUGUAAUGUUUUUGAGGCAUCUGAAUAUAAAAAAGAACGUAAAAAAUCAGAAAUUGCUAUUCAGUAUGUUCAGCAAAGUUUAAUUAAUGCUUUCGAAAGAAAGUUUCCAAAAAUAAACAUUUCUGGAUUAUUUUUAAUCGAAGAAUCAUCGGGAAUCUAUAGAUUAGAUUUUCACUCACCAUUAUCUUGGAAAUUAUCUCCCCAAAAAUUUCAAUAUCUAGAUAUGCUUUUAGAAAAUAUAUUCCAAAAAGCAAUUUUAUUUCAUAAUUUUUUAAAAUCUUGGGAUUCCCCUAAAAAUGUUCCAUUUUUCAUAUCAAAAUAUAGAUUUCUCUUGUCAUGUCUUUUUAAAUUGAAUUCAACGUCAAGUUCAACCAAAACAAUUUUUCCAUCAAUCACAUAUUUUAACUCUUCUAAUAAUCAUACAAGUUCGAUUUUAGAAAAUAGCCAAUUGCCACCUAGAGAUUUAGCGGCAUCACUUUCACAUAGUAAUUCUUUACCCAAAACUUUUAUAAAAAAAUCAUUUUUGUCAUUUAGCUUAACAAAGUUAAAUAGUGAAAAUUGCAUAUCAAAAUUUAAAAACAAUGGCUCCUCUUCUUUAGAAAUAAUUAAAGAUAGACAUAUAUUUCAUGGCGCUGAAACAUUUGUUCAUACACUUUGUUCUAUUGAAGAUUUUGAUUCUAUUUCUACACUAACCUAUUCAAAUUCGGAACUCAAAAAUGCUAUUGAGCUCUCAAAUGAAAUCGCAAAAAAUCCCGAAAAGAAUUAUGCAAUUUUGGGUUCUCCUUUAAAGAUUGGGUAUGCUGCAUUUAAACAUUAUAUGAAAACACAUGUUAAUAAGAAAAUUGGGCCAAUUUUACCCCAAGAGUUUAUAAAAUCCUGCUUAAAUAUAAUUGGCGAGCCCGAUUCUAUUGAUGAAAAGAUAUCUAAAAUUCAUGAUAUCACGCUAGUUUUACCACAAGGAAACUAUGUAAUUUUAUAUUUAGUCAUAUAUCUUACUUUGCAUAUUUUAAAUAAAACUCAUGGAGAAGUUUUGAAAGUUUUAUUGUCAAUAGUUUCGGAAGGUAUUGUGCCAAAGAAUGAUGUGUCUGUUUUGAUUCCUAUUUUGAAAUUUAUGACACAAAAUUUUUCUCAAGUAUUUUAUGAAUUUGCAAAAAAUAACUCUGCAUCUACAUUAACUACAAAUAAUAUGCCAUCUACUUUUUUUAGAAAUUCUAAUCAAUCAGAGACCACAUCAUCAUCAUUUACUAACUCUCUUUAUGACGAACUAUUUAUUUUACCAGAUACAUACACUUCAGCUUUUAGUAAUGUCAAUAAUAAAGACAUUGCUCCAUUACCAUUAAAAAAUUCGUUAUCUUUAAAUUGUGUUCAAAAAAAAACAUCUAAAAAAGUUCUUCGAAAAAAUACAACUUCUGAAUUGUCUGUUGGUACAACCAUUCCACAAACUAAAUCCUCAAAUAUGACUGAUUCAAAUAUCUACCAGGAAUACGGAAAAGCAUAUUUUUCAAAUUCUAAUAAAAAAUAUAUUAAAACUUGUGAUAAUAUAGAAAAAAAAGAUGAUUUUCUAAUAGUACCUAGUAAUUUUAAAAUAAGUUCAACACAGUGUGUUAAUAAUCAAAUAAUAUAG